CCCAUCGUCCGGGUAGCGAGGGUCGCGUGGCACUGGCCAGCACCCGUCAGUCUUCGCCGACCCGCGCUCCGACCAGCAUCAUGGCGUCCCCUCGAGCGGCGCUGAUUGUGCUCCUGGCGGUGAUAGGAACCGCCACGUCCGACAAGUUAGGAGGGCAUCACCACCACUCCAGUCACCAUAGCAGUCAUCACAGCAGUCAUCACGCCAGUCAUCACGCCAGUCACCAUGACAGUCAUCACGGAAGCCACCACCAGUCUCCGUCACGCCAGGGGUCGUCGGGGUACACCUUCCCGCCGCCGCUGCCCUCCAUGGACGCCUCGGCGGCGUCGGACAUGGUGCCCCCGCCGCCCGACUCCUCCGAGGAGGACUCCGGGUACGCCUACCCCGCUCCCGCCCGCUCGUUCGAUCCAUCAGGCGGAGACGCCAACUCGCCCCCAAGCCCCUUCUACGAGCGCCCCAGCAACGUCCAGUUCCGCUCGAGGCGUCCCUCUCAGUCCUUCGGCCACAAGUCGCGCCACGGCGAGGAAUCCUCGGAAGAGAGGUUCGAUUCUGAACUCAGUCUCCUUGGGGACUCGUUUGUAGGCUCCUCCGGGGGAACCUUCGAGUAUUCCCUCCGUGUUCCUAAAAAUCCUUUCGAUAAAUUUGCAGCUUUAAAGGAUUCGUCUGAGGACAGUCCCCUGGAAGCCGUGGGUGAUGCGUUCACAGAUUCGUCUGAGAAGACUCUUGGGUAUUCUUAUCCCGUGCCUGCAGUUCCCUUCGAUGCCCUGGGAGAUGACGAUUCUUCGGAAGAGGAUGACGCCUUCGAGGCUGUGGGCGACGCUUUCAUCGGUUCCUCAGAGAAAACGAUUUCCUAUAACUAUCCUGUCCCAGCCAUUCCUUUUGAUGCCCUGGGAGACGAAGAUUCAUCUGAAGAAACUCCUGGCUAUGCUUACCCUGUCCCGGCGCGAUCUUUCAAUACUUUUGGGUCGACAGGCUUGAGAGCUCCACAGCCUCCAGGACGCUUAUAUGCUGCUCCUUCAGACGAUUCUUCUGAGGAAUAUCACUCCUCUCCAGAAGACCCUCGUGAAGCAGUAGGUGAUUCCUUUAUUAGUUCUGCACAGAAAACGACCGGCUACAACUACCCCGUGCCUCAGAUUCCCUUUGAUGCUCUUGGAGAGAAAGAUGACUCCUCUGAGGAAUCAGAUCCUCUAGAGAUUGUUGGAGACGCAUUCAUAGGUUCCUCUGAGAAGACAACUAGGUACAAUUAUCCCGUGCCUGAGAUUCCCUUCGAUGCUCUGGGAGAUGAAGAUUCCUCAGAAGAAGACUCGGGAUAUGCCUACCCUGUUCCAGCAGAAGCCUUCAAUGCUUUGGGAUCAAGCAGCCUAAGAGCUCCAGGGCUUAAAUAUUCACCUCCAACGGAAGAAUCAUCCGAGGAAGACUCAGGAUAUGCCUAUCCUGUCCCGGCCAGGGCCUUCAACGUUUUUGGAUCGAGCAGUCUGAGAGCUCCGGGUCGACUCUACUCAGCUCCCUCGGAUGACUCCUCUGAGGAGUCCUCCUCAGAAGACCCGCAUGAAACUGUAGGGGAUUCCUUUGUAGGUUCCUCGGUAAAGACUACAGGAUACAACUACCCUGUGCCUCAGAUUCCCUUCGAUGCCCUUGGAGACGAAGACUCUUCUGAGGAGGAAGAUCCUUUGGAGGCUGUCGGGGAUGCCUUCACAGAUUCCUCUGAGAAGACUGUAGGUUAUAAUUAUCCUGUUCCUCAAAAUCCGUUCAAUGCUCUCGGAGACGAAGAUGAUUCCUCUGAAGAGUCGGACGCCUUGGCAGCCCUAGGGGACGCCUUUGUUGGUUCCUCAGAGAGAACUACACGUUAUAAUUAUCCUGUUCCUCAGAUUCCCUUCAAUGCCCUCGGAGAUGAAGCGGAUUCAUCCGAAGAGGUUUUGGAAGUCCUCGGAGAUGCCUUUGUAGGGUCCUCAGAAAAAACAACUGGUUAUAAUUACCCUGUUCCCAGCAUUCCCUUCGACGCUUUAGGAGAACAGGAAGACUCCUCUGAAGAGUCUGAGCUGGAGGCUGUUGGAGAUGCCUUUAUUGGCUCCUCGAAAAAAACUGUAGGCUACAGUUACCCUGUUCCUGCCAUUCCUUUUGAUGCCCUGGGAGACGAAGAGGACGACUCCUCCGAGGAAAUCUCUGGGUACUCCUACCCCGUACCAGCAGAAGCAUUCAGUGAGUUAGGAUCAACAGACCUGAAGGCGCCCAGCACUGAAUACUUCCUGCCAGACACUUCGGUCUUCUCGACGACCUCGGUGGGCACUCGGCCAAGGAACAAGGCUCACAACACAGGCAGGGGCCACACUCCCACUUUCUUUGCACCUGUAGAAUCUCGGCCACGGGUUUCCAAUGCAUACCAGCCGCCAACUACCCAGGCUCCUCCAAGAAGGACCUAUCUAGCGCCAAGCACACCGAGACCUUCAACCUCCCGGCCGUCGACGCUUUACCAACAGCCAGCUACAGAGGCCCCGAGAACUUACUUGCCACCUACUACACAGCCUCCAAGAAGGACUUACCAAAGACCAAGUACAGAAGCACCGAGGACUUACUUACCACCAUCUACUCAAGCUCCAAGAAGGACUUACCAACAGCCUGCUACAGAGGCCCCUAGGACUUACUUGCCACCAUCUACACAAGCUCCAAGACGAACUUACCAACAGCCAGCCACUGAAGCCCCUAGGACGUAUCUACCACCAUCUACACAGGCCCCAAGAAGGACCUACCAACAACCUGCUACAGAAGCACCGAGGACUUAUCUCCCACCAACAACAAAAGCCCCAAGAAGGACUUACCAGCAGCCUGCUACAGAGGCACCAAGGUCUUACUUCCCGCCAUCUACGCAGGCCCCGAGGAGGACUUACCAACAGCCAACCACUGAAGCCCCUAGGACGUACCUGCCACCAUCAACGCAGGCCCCAAGGACUUACCAGCAGCCUGCUACAGAGGCCCCUAGAACAUACCUGCCACCAACGACUAAGGCCCCAAGAAGGACUUACCAGCAGCCUGCUACAGAGGCCCCUAGAACAUACCUGCCACCAACGACUAAGGCCCCAAGAAGGACUUACCAGCAGCCUGCUACAGAGGCCCCUAGAACAUACCUGCCACCAACGACUAAGGCCCCAAGAAGGACUUACCAGCAGCCUGCUACAGAGGCCCCUAGAACAUACCUGCCACCAACGACUAAGGCCCCAAGAAGGACUUACCAGCAGCCUGCUACAGAGGCCCCUAGAACAUACUUGCCACCAACGACUAAGGCCCCAAGAAGGACAUACCUUGCACCUAGCAGGAGGGAUGAUUCUGAUGAAGAUACGUCCAGGACCUCGAGCUCAAGUCAUGGAGGUGUGAGCAGUCCCCUGUCGCAUUUCACAGUCCGCACUCAUGACUUCUCGAGCGGCAUCAGCAGCACCUUGGAUCGCAUCUCGAGCAGCCAGCGAAAGCACGGGAGUGAGCGCCGCGUCAAGCAGUUCUAUGCAGCUCCUGAAGAAGAUGAUGAUGAAAGUUCAGAGGAAGAUUCUGAAGAGACUUUCACUCACAGGCCCGUGAGUCAGUUGUACAGUGCUCCCUCAACCACCCAGAAACCCCCUAGUCAGUUUUAUGGUGCACCUUCAACAACUCGCAGGCCAUCAACAACCCGUACACCACCGAGUCCAUUUUACAAUGCUCCUUCAACAACCCAGAGACCACCAAGUCAGUUUUAUGGUGCACCUUCAACAACUCGCAGGCCACCAACAACCCGUACACCGUUGAGUCCAUUCUAUAACGCACCUUCAACAACCCAAAGACCACCAAGUCAGUUUUAUGGUGCACCAUCAACAACCCGCAGGCCAUCAACAACCCGUACACCACCGAGUCCAUUUUACAAUGCUCCUUCAACAACCCAGAGACCACCAAGUCAGUUCUAUGGUGCACCGUCAACAACCCGCAGGCCAUCAACAACCCGUACACCACCGAGUCCAUUUUACAAUGCUCCUUCAACAACCCAGAGACCACCAAGUCAGGUUUACGGUGCACCGUCAACAACUCGCAGGCCAUCAACAACCCAUGCACCACCAAUUCCAUUCUAUAAUGCACCUUCAACAACCCAGAGACCACCAAGCCCAUUUUACAAUGCGCCUUUAACAACUCAAAAACCUGCACCGUCUACAACCCACAGACCCAUCAGUCAACUGUAUAAGGCACCAUCAACAACACACAGACCCCCAAGUCCAUUUUAUGGCGCACCAUCAACAACGCCCAAGCCUGUGAGGCAGCUGUAUAGUGCCCCAUCAACCACUUCGAGACCCGUAAGUCAGCUCUACCUGGCACCGUCAACAACUUCUAGACCAGUGAGUCAGCUCUAUGUUGCUCCAUCAACAACAACCCACAGACCUGUAAUUCGAACGUAUCUUGUUCCGGAGACUGAGAGGCCUGUAAGUCGCGUCUAUGGCGUUCCAUCUGAGGACUCUGACGAGGAGCCUUCAACACACAGACCGCCAAGUCGAGUUUACGGCGCACCGGUUCAGGAGGAGGACGACUCUGAGGAAUCGAAGGUCAGCUUCCUAUCAAGGAGCCACUUUUCAAGCCACUCUUCUGCUGAGGGGCAGGCCUUGUUCGUGAGGACGGAAGACCAUGAGGAAGAGGAAGAAGGCAGCGAUGAGGAAAGCAAACUCCCAGUUUUCAUCCUCCUGAAGGGGAAGCAGAAUCACCGAAUUCCAACAUCAUAUGGCGCCUUUAAUCAACAAAAGGAUAGCGAUGAGGAUGAAGAUCUUCGCCUUUUCUUGCCAUACAUCGCUGCUGAAGGAGAACGCGAUACUUUUGGCAGCCUGAGACUCCCUCCUUCCUCCGUGCCAGGCGUAGGAAAACUGGCGGACCUGAAGCCUACUCAGCUGACCGACCAAGUCUCCGGCUACCUCACAGAGCUCGACCACCCGGGGAGCUCCAGGUUCCUCUCCAUCCUGUCUCGACGCGUGACGGAGAGCGACGAAGACAGCAGCAGCGAAGAAAGUGACGAGGAAGAUGAAGAAGAAGAGGAAGAGGAAGAAGAAGAAAAGGAAGAGGAGGAAGUAACACCACGGACGAGUUCCUUUUCAGGCCGAACUUCCCGUGGGCGAGUCCGAGGAAGGCCCGUGCAUAGAAUAGGAGGCAGUCGCUCCGCACCCUAUGGCUAGGUCAUGCCGCGUCAAUCGAUGGUUUCUAAUCGCAUCUUGGGACCGCUGCCUGUCUACGUAUUAAAUCGUUAUAUCCAAACGUUGUUCAUAUUUCUUAAUGUGCACAAGCAUAUAUUUAUGCGAUAAGUGUCUUCUCGUGUCCCAUAAAAAUACUAAGAUGUCUUGGCUUAAAAAGGAUGUCCAGUCGUUUCAGAGGCGAUAUAUUCUUCAAAUGACGUGAUUAUAUUUUGAUAAGUAGGCCUUUUUUCUACUCCAUGUACAGCCAUUGCAUCAUAUCGCUGUACAAAUGCUGCCUCGUUACGCGCGAUGGACCUAAGACUACAAAGCCGGUGGUGGGCGCCAGGGAAAUUCUCCAGCUUGCACAAUCUUCGCCGUUUAAAUUAAUUUCGCGCGAUCCUUUCAGUUCUCUUUAUCGAAUGUAUGCUAGAUGGACAACCUAUCUAGUUAUCUAUUUAUCUAUAUAUGCUAUCUGCAUUUUCCCCUUUCUACAUAUUUAUUAUUAUAUUUAUUUAUACAAUGUAAGAAAUUCAUACGAAUCAAA